GGUACCUAGGCAUUUAUGGCGGCUGGGCCUUUUCACCUCCGUCCUGCUCGCCGGACUUCUCUCCCAUUGGGCCUUUUCACAUCUCGCAGAGUCUAGCCACAAUACCGCAGGUGUUUCAAAAGUUUCGCCACAUUACCCCAGCUCUUCGUGACCAACGACUCGGACUCAAGCGGCGUUUUGCUUCUCCCAGUAAAGGGUCUUACUACAAACACAUCAGUGCGGGAACCGGUUCACCCUCCCGUCAACGGGGCCAAGAACAAAUGCAAUACUUCUCUGACUCAGAGCUUAAAGCCUCAGAGAAGAGAAAGAGAGAGAGAGAGAGAGAGAGAGAGAGAGAGAGAGAGAGAGAGAGAGAGAGAGAGAGAGAGAGAGAGAGAGAGAGAGAGAGAGAGAGAGAGAGAAAGAGAGAGAGAGAGAGAGAGAGAGAGAGAGAGAGAGAGAGAGAGAGAGAGAGAGAGAGAGAGAGAGAGAGAGAGAGAGAUUUCCCGGUCUCAGCCGCACUGCCAACGCCAACUCAGCCCUUGUGGUAGAACCGAACGAGAAAGAAGAGAGUAAUCUGAACAGUGGUGCUGGCAGCGGUGGUUCUUGCAGCGGUGGUGCUGGCAGCGGUCGUGCUGGCAGCGGUCAUGCUGGCAGCGGUGAUGUUGGCAGCGGUCGUGCUGGCAGCGGUCGUGCUGGCAGCAGUGGUGCUGGCAGCGGUGGGAGGCACAGGCAAAGGCAGGAAAACAUCAAGCCGAGGUCGAUGAGGGAACGACGCAGGAGAGAGAGAAUCAGGGAGUCGCUGUGCCGGCUGAGGAUGGCAGUGCCUCUUGACAUCCUGGGUGUCAGACUGCCCUUGCUCUGUCCCUCUGUCUGCUGUUUCCAUCCAUCAUCUUCUGUUGCAUGAGUCGCUUAAAAGGCUGAGGAUGGCAGUGCCUCUUGACAUCCUGGGGCCACGUCAAGACAUGGGGUCCAUGACCGAAGGUGCGGUGGACUACAUUCAAGUCAUGCAGGCUCACCUGUCGGAGUUGCAGCAGCGAGUAUUAGAGGGCGAGCGAAGAGCAAGGCUGAACCUGCCCAACAUGUGAGGCCAAGUGUUGGCCAUGUUGUAGGGUACCGGUAGACCUUGUAGUGCUAGCUACACGGUAUCGCACCUGGGCAACAUUGUGCGUUGCCGCAUGUAAAUAGUAAAUAGUGCAUUUGCAG